GUGGUUCCUCUGGGUCUUUGCUUCCAUCACCCAGUUCAGAUCGAGUCAGAGGCCAAGGAGAAGAACAUGAUGAUGGACCUUUUUGAAACGGGUUCCUAUUUCUUCUAUUUGGAUGGAGAAAACAUUACUCUGCAGCCUUUAGAAGUGGCCGAGGGGUCCCCUUUGUAUCCAGGGAGUGAGGGUACCCUAUCCCCUUGCCAGGACCAAUUGCCCCAAGAAGCCGGGAGCGACAGCAGCGGAGAGGAACACGUACUGGCACCUCCAGGCCUGCAGCCUCCCCACUGCCCAGGCCAGUGUCUGAUCUGGGCUUGUAAGACCUGCAAGAGAAAAUCUGCCCCCACUGACCGGAGGAAGGCGGCCACUCUGCGUGAGAGGAGGAGGUUAAAGAAAAUUAACGAGGCCUUCGAGGCCCUGAAGAGGCGCACUGUGUCCAACCCCAACCAGAGGCUGCCCAAGGUGGAGAUUCUGAGGAGCGCCAUCAACUACAUUGAGAGGCUGCAGGACCUGCUACACCGGCUGGAUCAGCAGGAGAAAAUGCAGGAGCUCGGGGUGGACCCCUUCAGCUACAGACCCAAGCAAGAAAUUCUUGAGGGUGCGGAUUUCCUGCGCACCUGCAGCUCCCAGUGGCCAAGUGUUUCGGAUCAUUCCAGGGGGCUGGUGAUCACAGCUAAGGAAGGAGCAGGGAGCCUCGAUUCGUCCGCCUCCAGCAGCCUUAGAUGCCUUUCUUCCAUCGUGGACAGCAUUUCUUCAGAGGAGCGCAAACUCCCCUGCGUGGAGGAGGUGGUGGAGAAGUAACCCUGAGCCCAGGAUCAGGACAUUCUCUGCGUACCAGGACGACUCCCUCCCCCAACCCCUAUCCCUUCUUGGCCUAAUUAUUCUGAUUAGAUCAUAUUGUAUUAUAUUUAGGAGACCCAGACCCUAGAGUUUUGUAAAGAGGAAGCAUAUUCACAAAGAAACUGUUGUGCAAACGCCAACGAACAAGGCCUUUGGGCUUUAAACUUUUUUUUUUAAUUAUUUAAUUGUUUAGAACUGUGAGUAACCUAGGGCUAGUUGCCCAGAUUUUGUUUGGUUGGUUUUGUAAUUUAUUACGCAGAUCCUUUUGUGCCCUAUGCAAAAGAAGUUCAUUCCUGUCCAAAGCCAAGUGGGAACGUUUCAUUUUAGUGAUAUUUAAUGUAUUUUUGUAAAUAGUCUUAGUACUCUUAUUUUUUAUGUAAAACCUAAGGAAUAUAUUUUAAAUGUGGGAUGAUGGAUUGUACAUAAAAUUUGUGAGGAUCCUGGCUUUGUAAUAUAAAGAAUGAGUUUCUAUAUAGAUGAACCGGCUUUAAUUUGAUUCAACUAGAAAAAGUGUUUUGAGGACAUGUACAAAAAAUAAAAGCCAUAUUUUAAUUUAA